AUGGCGUCGCGUAACUUCCAUCACGGGCAAGGAAUUGAAAUGAAGGGGCCCUACGAUUCAUCCUCACAGGAAUCGACAGCCAAUCCAAACGUGGUUCUCCUCACGGACCCGAAUGAUUCUUCACAUGGAGGGAAUAGCAGUGAUGAGGUUGAUAUGGCGAGACUGGGAAAAAAGCAAGAGUUCAAGAGAAAUUUCAAUCUGCUCAGUACCUUGGGCUUCAUCAGUAUUUAUAUGGCAACUUGGGAAUUCGUCUUAGUGUCAUUAGGAGCUGGCUUAUUGAAUGGAGGCUUCGCGGGUCUAUUUUGGGUAUUUCUGGGUACUGUCAUAUGCUACAGCUCUCUUGUCGCAAGUCUUGCUGAAAUGGCGAGCAUGUCACCAACUUCAGGUGGGCAAUACCACUGGGUCUCUGAGUUCGCUCCUCCUCAGUACCAGAAGAUCUGUUCAUAUGCCUCGGGAUGGAUGUCCACUCUUGGUUGGCUCGCCUCUGUUUCAUCCUCUGUAUUUGUGCUUGCGACGCUUAUUCAAACACUCGUUGAUGUAAAAGACAGCGAUUUCUUGUUCCCAGCAUGGCAAUAUACGCUCCUCAUGUUGGCGUUUCUGAUUAUCACCAUUUUCUUUAACACGUGGGGCGCCAAAGCAUUGCCAAUGAUUGAGACAAUUAGUUUAUUCGGACAUCUUGGGGGAUUUUUUGUUACUAUGAUCGCGGUACUAGCUUUGGCUCCAAAGACUAGUGCCAAGGAGGUGUUUACUCACUUCGAAAAUGGAAGUGGGUGGGGAAAUAUGGGGGCAAGCCUUCUCAUUACGCAAGUCAGCGUUCUAUAUUGCAAUUUGGGCUCCGAUAGCGCGGUUCAUAUUGCCGAAGAAGUAGAAGACGCCUCCCGCAAUGUGCCUCUGGCUAUGUGGUGGUCCUUCGUGCUAAACGUCGUUAUGGGUUUGGCUAUGCUUCUAACGAUGCUUUUCUGUAUCGGACCACUUGACGUCGCCCUGGAAGCCGAUGCACCAUAUCUCGUUCUAUUCCAAAAUACAGGCUCGGAUGCUCUAACAACCUUCCUUCUAGUCGUCUUGCUUAUCCUCAUAUUCUCGGGGAAUAUUACUGCCUUGGCCACGACGAGUAGAGAACUCUGGGCCUUCAGCAGAGACAAAGGGUUUCCAUUCUCGAAAUGGAUUUCUAAGGUGAUCUAUCUCACCUCCCUCCUCGCUGGCCUUCUCUGCCUGAUAAACUUCGGCUCCAAUCUCGCAUUCAACAUCAUCAUCUCGCUCACCCUACUCGCUCUACUAUCAACUUACAUGAUAUCCAUUGGCUGCGUUCUCCUCCUUCGCCUCCAAGGUCGUCCUUUACCACACGCGCGAUGGAGUCUUGGAAGAUAUGGUAUACCGAUCAACGCAUUCGCAUUUGCAUACAGUGGGUUCUGCAUUAUUUGGUGCUGUUUCCCAGCUGAAUUGCCUGUCACGCUGGAGACUGCUAAUUGGGCGCCUGCUGUCUGGUUUGGUGUUAUUUUGCUAGCGGUUGUGGUCUAUUUUGCACAUGGUAGGACGAGAUAUACGCCGCCGGUCGUUUUCGUAGAGGGUAGGAGAGAGGGCAGGGUUGGGUUGCAGCAUGUUGAUUAG